GAUGAAGAAAAUGGUGAAAAUUAUCGUUUACAAAAUGAAAAUGUUAAUGAUGUGCCAUCAUUAUCAUUAUUUAAACCAAUCACCACCGAUCAAAGGCCAUUGAAUGAAUUGUUUAUGAAAUCAAAACAAGAAAAAAAUUUAUGGACAUGUAACAUAUGUGCUGUUCCGAAUGAUGAUAAUGUUUCCAAUUGUGUUUCUUGUGAAUCACCUAGAUAUCCAUCGGAAAAUCAAGUUGUUAAAAAUCUAUUUGCUUCACCCGUUACACAAUCGCCCCAGCAACAGCAAACAUCAUCAUUUUUUGGUCAAACAAAUGCCACCGCCAAUACAACAUUCAAAUUUGGUUCAUUAACUUUUUCAGAUUCAAAGAAUACUAACGACAGCAGCAACAGCACUAGUAGAAACAUUGGCGACAUAAAUGUUAAUAAUCAAACCAUUUCUUUUAAACCAGCAAAUUGCUCUGGUAGUCUUUUUGGAUUCACAACAACUUCUGCUACGACAUCGAUGACAAAAACAAACGAUUCAUUUUCAUUUGGUGGUGGUUCAUUUUUUUCAUUACCCAAAAACGAUAAUGAAAAUUCAUCGUUAACUACUACAACAUCUCAGAUGGUGGGUAUUAAUAAUCCUGAUUUGAUUAUUGGAUCAACAGCAAAUACAGGAAUCCUGAACAAGCCCAUUUUAUCUGCCAUGAUUUCAUCCACAACAACUGUAGCCCCAACUAAAUCGUCAUUUUCACUUGCUUCCAAUUCUUCGAAUGACACUAAAACAACAAUAAUUCCGCCAGUUUCAUUUGUUAAUUCAAAUUUUUCAUUCAAUGCAGCCUCAUUAAAUGUACCAAACCCUACAGUUUCGGCCUCAUUAUUAUUUCCCAGCCAGACUACACCAUCAUCAAAUGCAAAUUUAGAUGUUUCAACAUCGGCUUCAUCACCAUUUUCUUCGGCAUUUCAAUUUGGUAACAUUUCUAAUCAAUUUCCAACGUUCAAUAAUCUAGGACAACAACAACAACAGCAGCAGCAGCAGGCCAAUCAAUUGUUGUCGUCGUCGACGCCUGGAAAAGCUCAAAAUUCUGGAUUAUUUUCAUUUUCUAAUAAUAUGAAUUUAGGCCAGAACACAGUGUUGUUUUCACCACCGAAAUUAGAUUCAAACAAUCCACCGCAGCUGCAGCAUUUAAAUGAUGAACAUGAUCAAAGUGGUGGCGGUGAAGAUUUAAUUUUACCAAAAGUUAAUUUGCCAGAAAAUUAUGAGCAUAUUACUGGCGAAGAAGAUGAAUUGGAAAUUUAUUGUAUGAAACGUGCCAAACUUUAUGUUUUCGCGGCACCUGAAUAUAAAGAACGUGGAACAGGUGAACUGAAAAUUUUAAAACAUAAAAUUACGAAAAAAUUACGCAUGGUUAUGCGUCGUGAUCAAGUACAUACGGUUUGUUUGAACACUUUGCUCACGAAAGAGAGUAAAUUUGAUGAAAAACCCAAACACGUGUUGUUUCAAUGUAUCGAUUUUAGUGACAACAAACCGGAUCCACAAACAUUUGCUCUUAGAUCACGAGAUUUGAAAGAAUUUUUACAAUUUAUCAAUGAAACUUUAGCUACUGCUGAUACUGCUGAAGACGAGGAAAACAAAUUGCCACAAACUAAUAUUACUGUUACUGAUAAAUUCUGUACGGACAUUGAGGAGAAGAUAAGCAAAGAAAAAGUUGUGUAUUCAUCACCCGAACAAAAAUCUUCCAAUGACUCAAAUGAUGAUGAUAAAGACAUAGAGAUUGUGUUUGUUCGUGAACCAAAACCCGAGCAUUUGCAAAUUAUUGAUUCUUUAAAAUUGCCGAAAAAUUUCUUUAUUUAUGAAGAAAAAGAACCAUGUAAAGGAUGUAUUGGUUGUCAAGUGGAUGAAUUAUGCUGGAAUGAUCUCACUUGUGAUUCACUGUUGAACACCGCAGACCACAAAGAACAACAACAACAAAAUGCACAAUCCAAUUCAACAUGGACAACAUCAAAUGGAUUAUUUUCUGGCCUUACUGACAAUGUUCAAACGGAGAAAAUUGAUACAAUCAAAUUGAAUAAAGAUCCGCAUGAAUGGGAAACCGAAGCGCAGAGUUUUGUAUCGGAAAAAAGUAAAAUGUUACCAGACAAUUAUGUCCAUAUAACUGGAGAAGAGGACGAAGAAACCGUUUAUAAAGAACGAGCUAAACUUUACCGAUAUGUUAAAGAUACCAACGAAUUCAAAGAACGUGGUGUUGGUGAAAUGAAAAUCUUGCGAAAACGUGAUACAGAUGAUUAUCGCUUAUUGAUGCGUCGUGAUAAUGUUUAUAAAAUUAUUUGUAAUCAAAAAGUUACUGAACAUUUACAAUUUAAAGAACAAACUUUACAAAGUUUUAUAUGGGGUUGUAAAGAUUUUUCCGAAAAUCCCAAUGGUGAUGAUCAAAUAUUUGUGAUUAAAUUCAAGGAUGUAACACGACGAAAUGCCUUUCAACAAGCUGUUAAAAAUUGUUUGCCAUCCAAAUGAAUAAAUAUGAUAUGGAUGAUAUGAAAAAAAAUUCCUUUUGAAUACAGCAACAGUAUAUUUUCGGAUAAAAUUUUAUUGAAAGAAAAUAGUUUUUUUCAAUUUUUUUCUAUAAAGGUCUCCAAUAGUUGUUUUGUGUGCAUAAAUUUCUCACGAAUAAAAACAAAAUUCUGAUCUAUUUAAAUAAAUUCUGUGAAAGUUUUUUUUUU